AUGACGCAGUGGCUUUCUGGUCGUCAUGGUGGUAGAUCGGUGGUUGAUGGCGUGAUGGUGAGACGCGAACAGUUGGAGACCAGUGAAACCGAGCCCGUUGGGCUUGGAAGGUUGGAUCGGAGACUGGAGUUAGAGGAUCUGUGGCUGGGUGCGACCAUCGCCUCUCCUAGAAUGGAUCAGAGUUUGAGGGAUGCUGCUGAGCAAGGAAACAUCGAUGCCCUGUACGGAUUGAUACGGAGGGAUGUAAAAGUUUUGGAUAGGAUCGACGAGUUAUCGUUUGUUGAGACUCCUUUACACAUAGUUGCAUCUGCGGGGCACACUCGAUUUGCCUUGGAGAUUAUGAGGUUAAAGCCGUCAUUUUCAAAGAAGCGUAAUGAAGAUGGCUUUACCCCUUUGCACCUUGCUUUGCAAAAUAACCAAACCGAAGUGGUGCGCCAGCUACUUGAUGUUGACGAAAACCUUGAUCAUGUCCAAGGAAAAGAGGGUGUGACUCCUUUGCAUUAUGUUGUUCAAACUGGAAACCUUCAUCUUUUAGUUAAAUUUUUAUAUGUUUGCCCCAAGUCUAUUAAAGAUGUUACAAUUCGAAGAGAUACUGCUUUUCAUAUUGCUCUGGAAAACAACUAG